GUGCAAAGAGUUGGAGAGCCCCUCAGCAGUACGAGCACUGCCUGGAGCCCUGAGCUGUCCUGCUCUUAACUAGCACUAAUGCUAGCACUAUAACCGCAUUGUUUUUAGUUAGCUGUGGGCGAGUGAGACCCGGGUCGUCCGCCAUUCCGCUAGUGCUGAUCGCUGGAGGCCUGCUGUGGGGCGUUGUAGUUAGCCGGCCGGCGAUAAGGGAGGAGUGGACCUGAGUGGCGUGCGGCGCUGGACUUGCCUCUGCUCUCGGACUGUUGUGACUCCUCACACAGAAAUAGCGCAGCAGCGUGUCCAUUUCCACAGCGGCCCCCUGCAGAGCCGUGCGAGUGCGCUCGCUAACCUUGCUAGCCUGUUCCAGCUCCACGCACAGCAGCUGCCUCAGGCCCAUCUAUCUCUCAAACUGGCCAACCGAUGAGAAGAGCCUUGCUCCUGGUAACCCUGGGAAACUAACUCGGAAUACCCUUCAGCGCUCCCAUUCCAAAAUGGAACUCUGCAGCAGAAUAAAAAGGGAAGUAGUGACCUCACCAGCCUGACCAGAGAGCACACACACCUUCUCCACCCCUUCCCUCUCCACUGGACUACGUGUGUGUGUGUGUGUGUGUGUGACGAGACAGGACGUCACCAUGAGCCUCCUGGACAAGCGGAGUGUGUGUCUGCGUGUCACACGCCACCACCGGCGCCUGAGCAGCUCCUGCGAGAGCCUGAUGGACGAGGCGGACCGUGAGGUCAGCACGCUGACCGACCGCGCCUUCCGCUCGCUCUGCAUCGGCGACGAGGCCGUCUACAGCGACGAGUUCACCGGACUCUCCCCGCUGACUGGCGGCUGCCUGCUGAAGCCGCUGACCGACGAGAACGCUUGGAAGGUUCCGGAAAACAGCCCAGGCGUCGCUGCCAAGAAGCACGGCAGCUUGAACGGCGCCACCACCACUGCUGCCUGGCAACACAAUAACGUGUCGUCUCUCCUGUCCGCCUUCACCAAGAACGGCGACGCCACCAAAACGCCCAACGGAAUGCUGGGUGGGAAUGGCACGGAGUCCUGGGAUAAGUCAGCGCUGAUCAGCAUCCAGAGGGAGCUGGCGGAGUUCGCCGACCCCAGGAAGCACGGCGAACCCUCCAAUACAAAGAAGGCGGGCAGGGACGGCAGCUGCGCCCCGUCUGGGAAGUCCUUCAAGUCCAGAAACAGCAGGUCCAGCAAGCUAAAGAAGCUGAACUCGCGGAACUUCUUCCUGCACAGCGAGUUCAGCCCGUUUCAGGCCUGGAAGGACCUCAACCAGUUCCCGUUCGGUCAGGAGCACAUCUCCGACCUGCUGCCCUCCGACAGCUUCCCCCGCUGGUGCGACUCCAGCUUUUACAGACAGCUUACAGCAGCACACACACGCGACCCACCAGCACACACACAGGAGCCCACACACAGAUCAGAAGCUGGACGGGCCCUCGAGGAGGGGCAGGGGACGGAGAAACACACACUGUCACAGAAAACAGAAACAGCACAGAGUUCACAACGCACCCAGAGACACAGCACAGCACAGGGGACUGAGCAAAACGCAGAGCGAGGACAGAAAAUAGAAAAUGCACAAAAAGCAAACACUGCACAGAGAACUGACGCGGUGCAGAACAGAACUGACGCGGUGCAGAUCAGAACUGACGCGGUGCAGAACAGAACUGACACCGUGCAGAACAGAACUGACACGGUGCAGAACAGAACGGAAAUAGUGGAGACUGUCCAGGGUGCAGACAGCACUCAGAGGGCAGAAGGGUCAAAGGGAGCAGAGAGACUGCAGGGGGUGGACGGCCUGAGGCCACUGGGGGGCAGCGCUGAGCAGCUGUCCAGGCCUGGAGAGGCGCAGACUCCCUCUGUGGCGCAGACUCCCUCGGUCCUGGAGCAGAGGCGCUCAACAGACAGCGUGGAGUGUAGCGCCCCCUGGCGGCGGAACAGGGGUAGGGCGCAUAGCGCGGCUCCGCCUGGCCCGGUGGAGAAGAGCUCUCCUGCUGUGGAGAGCAGGCCGCCCACGAGCGCCGAGCCGUCCAGGAAACAGGAAGUGAGGCGUAUGGAGGAGCUGAGCUCGGCCAGCUCCACGCCGUUCAACAUCACGCACCUUCUCACGCCCAUCCUCCCCUGUCGCCAGGAUACGGAGAGCCUGGACCCCGCCCUCUUCUCGCCCGCCACCCUCGACAUCCCCGCGGCAACCGCGGCCGACCGCAAGCCCUCGCCCGACACGAAGGCGCGGGAGAGCUACAGGUCCAUCGCCUCCAGCCUGCUCUUCAACCUCAAGGACAACAGGAAGAGGGUCAAGGCCCGAUACAGCCCACCCCGGUUCAGGCCCACCGACCCCGUUGACCCCAGCAAGCUGUGGAAGGACCUCUCGGACGCGGAGACGGGCACGCCAGUGCUCGUGGUGACAGACGGCACGGCCUCAGUGAUGAGCCCGGUGCUGGAGUCCACCAGCGCUCUGGCUUUGCCAGGGAACCAGCAGGCGGAAAGCUGGUCCGAGGGUGCGAUGCGGGGCAGGGGAGAGCUGGCGGGAGAGGGCGCUUGGGGGAGAGACCAGCUGUCCGUCCCCGACGGCAGCGCUCAGGGAGGCUCCCCGCACUCGGGGGCUCAGAGCAGAAGCCCUGGAUACCCGAGUCUGAACCUCUACAGGAGGGCCAACACUGAGGCAGACGACGUCCACCCCACGCAACACGCCGCCAAGGUUACCAUGGAGACACAGGAGGGCAGGGCCUGCGAUGCAGGACAGAGCAAUCUGCCAAUCAGGAAAGAGAGAGAGCCCCCCAAGAAAUCUGUCAAGGAGAGAGUGAAAGAGCUGCAAGGUCAGAACAGCGUGGCAGAGACGCAAGCGAGUGUGAAUAAGGACCCAGCGAAGAGAAGCAACGACCGGUCACCUGUGAGUCCCCUUGGCCUCCCUGACAGAGGCGCUGCUGCACACAGAGGAGGAGACAGAGAGACAUUAAAGGAAAGAGCUCCAGAUGUGCCAGCGAAACCAUCAGCUAUGCCCAAACAGCCAACACCUCCAGAUGUGCCAGCGAAACCAUCAGCUAUGCCCAAACAGCCAACACCUCCAGAUGUGCCAGCGAAACCAUCAGCUAUGCCCAAACAGCCUCCUGCUGUUCCAGCGCGCGUAAAACACCCAGCGAAGAGGGAGCAGGAUUCGGCAGCAGCUGCAGCGUCAGCGCUGACCAGCACGAGAGAGACAGAUGCCAGCACGAGAGAGACAGACGCCAGCACGAGAGAGACAGACGCCAGCAGCGAGGCUAAACACGCCUUCUCCGCGCGGCAGAACAACUACAUCAAGAGCCAGAGGAGCGCCUUCCUGGAGGAGGAGGAGUGCGGGGACUGGGAUGAGCUGCAGGAGGUGGCUCUGCUGAAGCAGAUGAAAGUGGAGCUUCGGGCUCGACAGGGGCACCAGGAGGCCGAGAGCAUGAAGGACGCAGCACUUUGCGGGGCACACUCCAAGCACUUUGCGGGGCGCACUCCAAGCGAGCAGCUGCCCCGGAUGGACAUACCAGAGCCAAACGAGAGCUCCAGGGCUAAAAAUACACCAGCCGUAACCAGUGAGGAGCAGGAGGGUCUCGAGCAACAUGACAUAGUUUUGCCAGCGCCUGAGAGACGCGCCCGAAAGGGCGUCCUGUCCCUCAGGGGAAAUACCCAAGCCAAGCGAGACCUGUUUGCCCAGCUGGACCAGAUGCAGAUCGAGCCGCUGAGCACACACACCAAGAAGGAGAGCGCUGCGGUCCACAAGUACGACCUGGCCACCAUGGCGCUGGAGGAGCUCAUUGCCGAGAGGGAGGAGAGGAAACGGAAAGGUCAGGGGUCAUCUACCGAGCAGCACGCACAGAGGCCGGCACCGGAACACCGGAACACACCAGCACCGGAACACCGGAACACACUAGCAUCGGAACACCGGAACACACUAGCAACAGAACACCGGAACACACUAGCAACAGAACACAAGCAGCGUGGAGGCAGAGGGCACAUUCAGGAGAGCAGAACCGUGCCAGCCGAGCAGAGACACAGAGAAACCAACAGAGCUCCGAGAACCAGAGGCCAGAACACUGAUGAUCCCGUGGUCAAGAGUGGAGGCCAGACUCUGCGCUCCGUACAGCAGGGCGACACCGCACAGGUCCCAGCUGGUCAAGGGAGAUUAGCGGAGGCUGCUCAUCAGCACUCCGUCCAGCAGACCAAACAGAACAGAGAGGGAGAGGCAGGUGAGAGAGGACAGGGGAGAGGGGGCGGGUCCAGCACAGAUAACACAAACCCUGAUUGGACAGGACAGGGCUCAGAGAGGGUGAAGAGGCAGGACGGCUCAGAGAGAGAUGGCAGAAGAGAGAGGACUAGUAGGGAACACAGGGCACAGAGAUCGAGAACGCCCCCUGCUGUUCCUCCUAGGAAAGGCAAGCCCGGCAUGAGAGAUGAGGAUAAAGCAGAUGCUGAGAGGUCUGCAGAGGAGGAGUCCAUCACCAAGGCUGAAGGAAGGGAUCGAGUGCACGUCGACAGGGAGAGAGAGCAGAGGGCAGAUACACAAAACAAGGAAGCCCAAUUAGCAACUAGCACAGAUAAAAAACAAUUAACAGAUAGCACUGAUAACAAACAGUUAGCAACUAGCACAGAUAACAAACAGUUAGCAACUAGUACAGAUAACAAACAGUUAGCAACUAGUACAGAUCACAAACAGUUAGCUUCUAACACAGAUAACAAGCAGUUAUCUGCUAACACAGAUAGCAAACAGUUAGCUACUAACACAAAUAACAAACAGUUAGCAAUUAGCAAUGAUAACAAACAGUUAGCAGUUAGCAACCAGGAGUCCAGCACCAGGACAGAGUCCCAGAGAGCUGAAAAACACACAGAUAACCAGCUUAAAUCAGAAGUCUUCUCAGGGACUGCAGAACCCAACUCAAAGCACUCAGCCCAGACCUACACCGCUAAGGUGAAAGGAUCUCCUGAUCCUACAAUGACGUAUGCAGCAAAGAGUGAGGCAGCGCAGAGGAGAGAGGAGGGGAACGGAACGGUGACGGAGGAGGUGAGAGAGAGAAACACAGAUACUGAUCAGAAGGAGAGAAAACAGGAUGAUAGAGACAGCUCAGCUCAGAAUGAUAGAGACAGCUCAGCUCAGAAUGGUCAGAGAGCAAAGCAGAGCAGGAGCUACGCAAGAGACUUCUUAAGUCUGUUGGGGCUGUCAGGUGAAGAGAAGGCCCCCUCUGGUGAGGUCAGCAGCAAGCCUAAACCAGCGCCCCCAGCGUCCCACGACACAGACGCUCCUGCAGUGGACAGCGUCACGAUUCACGACAUCCUGAAGCUCAGAUCCCCCACGUUCAGCCCACUGCAGACCCCGGGGACGUCCCCCUCCCUACACGGCGACGGCUCGGCCCACAGACCCAAGGAGAACUCUGGGAAGACAGACGGGGAUUCCCGCGCCUUCAGCAACCCAGGAAGUGAAUCAGACGCCUCCGAACGCCUGAUGUCUCCCCUCAGCGACAUGGACAAGGGCGGCUGGGUCCGCAGCCUGAUCGAGCAGGCCCAGACCCUCACCCCCAAGGACCUGACCCCCAGCCAGUCCAACGCCUCCUCCCCGACCCCUGGCAAGUCCAACGCGUCCUCCCCGACCCCUGGCAAGCCCGUGCUGUUCAAGGUCAAGGACAACACGUUCGCCACCUCCCCCGUCACCAAGACAGUGCGGCCCAUCCUGCACAGGGCUCUACAGGAUGUGAUGGCGCAACCCUGGUCCCCUCGGGAGAGCCUGAGUGGGUCGGAACGGGGCGAGGAUCGGGGUUCCGAGCGGGGUUCCGAGAGGGGCGAGGAGGAGUCGGAAGCCCCCAGAGCUCCGCAGGGAAUUCCCAUCCUGGUGGAGGUGGCCAGCUCUCCGCUGCCUGAGGACUCCACACCUGCAGGGGGCGCUGCCUCUGCCGCUCGGGCCGCCUCGCCUUCCCAGCAGCCUCGAGGGCAGAUGCUGACGGUGCCGGAGGAAGAGGGAGGGCGGAGCUCCGUGUCCAGCGAGAUCUCAAGUGCCCAAUCAGAGGGCCUGAAGAGCUACACCAGCGCAGGGGACCAAUCAGAGGGCCUGAAGAGCUACACCAGCGCAGGGGACACCUGGGGUGAGGAGGGGGUGCUAAGUGCGGCUCAGGCUGACGAUACCGAGGGUUCUAAAGCCCCCAGCGAGCACUCUGGUUCUGUCUGUAGUGGCACCGAGGGCAAGAAGCCCCCGCCGGCCGUUCUGCCCAAAACAGAGAAGGCGCUUCGACGAGCCAUGAAGCUGACCACGCGCCGCAUCCAGAAGGCCGAGGGGAAGAGCAACCGAGUGGACCGCAAGCAUGGCGGAGAGAGAGCAGAACCCGACCAGAAGAACCGCAGGGGAGGGAACCCAGACCUCAAGCAGGAGAACCGGAGCAAAAAACAUCCAGAGACAGAACAAAGGAACCGGCCCAGAGAGAGAAGGGAGUCAGAGCCGAACCACAGCAGCACAGAGAAAUACACUUCACAACCCAGCGGUCGCCACAGCAACACAGAGAAACACACUUCAGAACCCAGCGGUCGCCACAGCAACACAGAGAAACACACUUCAGAACCCAGCGGUCGCCACAGCAACACAGAGAAACACACUUCAGAACCAAGCGGUCGCCACAGCAACACAGAGAAACACACUUCAGAACCAAGCGGUCGCCACGGCAACACAGAGAAACACACUUCACAGCCCAGCGGUCACCACAGCAACACAGAGAAACACACUUCAGAACCAAGCGGUCGCCACGGCAACACAGAGAAACACACUUCACAGCCCAGCGGUCACCACAGCAACACAGAGAAACACACUUCAGAACCAAGCGGUCGCCACGGCAACACAGAGAAACACGCUUCACAGCCCAGCGGUCACCACAGCAACACAGAGAAACACACUUCAGAACCCAGCAGUUGCCACAGCAACGCGCACUCGAACCACACCAGUCAGCAUGGUGACCGUGAAGGCAGGAGCAGCGCCAAACAUGCACGCCUCAAACACAUGAGCCAAAGCACAGACCGGCACAUUGGUAACCAUAGAGACCUGAGGAGCAGUGGCAGCGGGAGGGGCUCGUCUGAGCGCGCUCCUGAGCAUCAUCAGCAGGUGUACGUGAGGGAGAGUCCCAAUGGCAGCAGUAACCGUGGCGACCGCAGGAGUCGGAGUCUGGAGAGAGACGUGUCCGUGCAGCCCGAGGGACCGCCACAGCGUUGGGACAGACCCCACCCCAACCCCUCCCGACGGCCCUCCCUAAACGGCUUCCUGCCACGCCAAAACAGCUCUGAACGCACGUACCCCCCCCCAACAAUGCGCCAAAACAGCUCUGAACGCACGUACCCCCCCCCAACAAUGCGCCAAAACAGCUCUGAACGCACGUACCCCCCCCCAACAAUGCGCCAAAACAGCUCUGAGCAGGCGUACCCCCCCUCAACAAUGCGCCAAAACAGCUCAGAACGCACAUACCCCCCCUCAACAAUGCGUCAGAACAGCUCAGAACGCACGUACCCCCCCUCGUCCUCGAACCUGAUGCCCCAGUCCUACCCCAUGACCCAGCGGAAACUGCUGCAGGACCCCGACUCGGGCCAGUACUUUGUGGUGGACAUGCCCGUGCAGGUCACCACCAAGACCUUCUUCGACCCCGAGACGCGCAGCUACGUGCAGCUCCCCGUGCAGUCUGCAGAGGGCGCCGUCCCCUCCGGCCCCUCUGUGGAGAUGCUGAACCCGUCGCUGGUGCUGUACCACGGCUUCGUGCCCGCCUCCACUCUGCCCGCACAGCAGCAGCAGAAGCCCUCGGCUCCCCGGGCUCUCCCAGGAGACAUGGAGGACGAGAACAACAGCGCCCCACAGUGGCUGGAGGACUCUCUGCACAAGCACAACAGACAUGAGCAUGCUUACAUAGAGCCAGUGUACAUGCCCAAGGAUCACACGCCAGAAGAGGAGCUGGACAGCGUGAGAUGAGAGAGAGAGAGAGAGAGAGAGAGAGAGAGGAAGAGAGAGAGAGAGAGAGGAAGAAAGAGAAGAGGAAGAGGUAGAAUGAUUACAGCAUAUGAACUGUGUGUGUCUGUCCUGUUUGAGAUUGAAAGCAUUUGAAUUCAGGGAUUGGUGUUGUCAGUUGAUUUUGAUAUGCACUCUUUGUAAUGGUUUUAGUCAAGCAAUAGCAAUAGCAUUGGUGUCACAGCUGAACACGAUGUAGAGAGUGUGUGUUGGGGUGGAAUAUGAGACUGUAUGUGUGUGUUGGGGUGGAUUAUGAGACUGUAUGUUGGGGUGGAUUAUGAGACUGUAUAUGUGUGUUGGGGUGGAUUAUGAGACUGUGAAUGUUUCUUUAUGAAUGAAGGAUAUCUGUUCCCACACUGGCUCAGGCGUUGUUGUUUUUUAAUGAUAAUGAAGAAUGUCAAAUUUGCUUUUGCAUAUUUUUGUACUUUUGCCUUUAUCUCAGUGAGCACAUUUUUCUGGGUUACUAAACACAUCUGUGAUUAGUCAUUUAAAAAUCUUUAUUUGAAAUGUAUUCUGAACACAGACAUUAGUAAUGUCUGUUUUUAAUCGAUUAGUAAUGUCUGUUUUUAAUCGAUUAGUAAUGUCUGUUUUUAAUCUCUACAAUUGCUGACACGUUUGAGUGUUGAUGUGGAAAUUACUUCUAAUGAGAGUUGUGGCCAUCAUUUUAAUACUUAUUGUAAGUGUGGAAUAUUGUCCGUUGGCCGAGCCUUGCACUUGUCGUGUUAUCUGAAACGGCUUUUGAAGACGCAUAUUUGGAAUGACUUAGUAUCUAUGGUGAAACUGAGAUGACUGAGAUGACUUAGUAUCUAUGGUGAAACUGAGAUGACUGCUUCAUAUGUAAACCAUUCCAAUAAAAUACUUCCCAGCAAA